AUGACGUUUUCCCUUAAAGAUGUAUACAAGUAUCUUGCCAUGAACUCGAUACUCGGAGGUCGAAACCUACUCUAUGGCAUUAUUGGAUGUUUCAUGGUUUCAAUUUCAGUAUGGUUCCUCCUUCUCUCAAGUGGAAAAACCAGUACGCAGAACCAUCGAAACCAUCACGUUCCAUUCAAUGUUGAACCUCGCAAUCCCAUCUAUGAAAUGGCCUCUCAACUGCCUUUUCCAAUCAUUUUCCCUGUAAAAACCAAAACAUCUCCUCCGCUCUCUGUGGCUUGCUAUGCCAAUGAUCAAAUUAUUUGUAAAUUCCUUCGAGAGAAAGGAAGAUGGGAUGUGUUUGAUCAUCAGGAAAAGAUUUUGGCUCAUUAUUUCAACAACAACAACAACAAUAACAACAACAGAAAGCAGAGAUACUUUAUGGAUUUCGGUUCUAAUUUGGGCUUAUUUGCUUUAUUACUUGCUGCUCAAUCGAGUGAUUGGAAAGGUAUUGCAGUGGAAGCGUUGUUUUCCUCGAUCAUUGAGUUCAAUGUUUAUGCCAAUCGAUUAGAGAAACAAAUUAAGGUGGUGAGUGGAGCAUUGGCUGAAAACGGAGUUGGCAAAGUGAAAAUGAAACUUGUUGCUGAUAACCCAGGUGGUUCAUUGGUGACGGAUCAAGGCAAUGUUGAAGUUCAGAGAAUGACCAUUGAUGAUAUCGUUGAAAAGUAUGAACAUGAAGGUUUCAUUCCCAAAGGGGUUGAGUUUGAUUAUGUCAAGAUGGAUGUGGAAGGUUGGGAAGUGAAAGCUCUGAGAGGAGCCACCAAACUGUUACAACAAAAGAGGGUAAAGAUUUGGCAUUUGGAAUAUUCCAUCUAUAUCAAAAAUGGUGGAGACGAACCCAAAGAGUUGCAUCGAAUGAUGGUCAAUGCCGGAUAUACCGUGUAUUUGGAUCCAGAAAGGACAAAGCUAAUAACUUUGGAUAAUUACGAGGUAACCUCUCUGGUGGAUGUCUUUGCUUUUAGAAAUGACCUGUUAACAUCCACAAAUCUUUAA